AUGAAGCUCAUACUCUCGACCUCGAAUAUUAUGUCUGGCGGACCGUCCGUCAUACGACGUCCGCUCUUCGAAAAGUCAAACACUGAGCUCACAUCCUCGCUGCGCGCAAACUUCUCCGCCCACCAGCCCUCCACACCACCCUCAAAACCAAACUACCGCACAUGGACGACCGCGACCGACUCCGCGCUAUACGUACCCACACAUACCCCCUCGCCGCUCACCGAGCCCCGAGAGUCCUACGACAUCACAGUCAAACUAUUCUACCUCCCAAACAUACCUGCCGACCGUCGCUGCGCCCAAACAAGGGAAGCUAUAGAACUCGUCCUCAAGGAGCUAGGAACAUCCUCAAUAGACCUCUUAAUCGUCAGCUUCCCAGGCAUAUCCUUUGACGCCGACGACGAAGAAUCCGACUUUGAAGAUGAUGACCCCCCCUCUCCUCCCUCCGCAACCCAAUCCACAUCUGAAAACACCUCCGGUGACUGUCUAGACGCCGGCGUACCCCCAGAAGACCUCGAGACUAUGAUAAAAACAUGGCACGCGCUCGAGAAACUGCAAUCAGAGGGACUCGUCUCGAAACUCGGCAUCGCAGAAUUCGGCGUUGCGCGCCUGACACGCUUCCUCGAGCGAACAAACAUAAAACCGAGUGUUAAUCAGAUCAAUGUGAGGGACUGCUGUGUUGUGCCCAAGCCGCUUAUCUUGUAUGCGAAACAACAACAGAUUGAGCUGCUCACACAUAAUGACUGCACGAAUAUCCUGCCAAGGGGGACCUUGAGGCAGAUCCUGGGUGCCGGUGAAAACGGAUCAGGUGUCUUGGCUGGGGAAGGCAACGAGGAGGGAUUGAAGGGGGAUGUGGAACCGCAGUGGGUAGUCAAGUACACGGCUGUGGUGAAGGAUAGAGGUGUGGUGGAAAAUAAGGGAUACUUUGCUGUUGCGGAGUUACGGGAUGCAUAG